UAUCAACUCACUUUUGUAAAACAUCUCGAUUGACUACAUAAACAAAACAUGUCUCUCAUAUGCGCAAUCAGCAGUGAGGUGCCAGAUCAGCCGGUGGUGUCACCUCUGUCUGGUGCUGUCUUUGAACGCCGGCUACUGGAAAAAUAUAUUGCAGAGAAUGGCACGGAUCCUAUUACUAACAAGGAACUCACAGUAGACCAGCUGAUUGAACUAAAAGUACCACCAGUUGCAAAGCCAAAACCUCCAAGUGCCACAAGUAUUCCUGCCAUCCUAAAGGCUCUACAGGAUGAGUGGGAUGCAGUGAUGCUUCACUCCUACACACUUCGCCAGCAGCUCCAAACUGCUCGCCAGGAACUAAGCCAUGCUCUGUAUCAGCACGAUGCUGCCACGCGUGUGAUUGCCCGUCUAAACAAAGAAGUAACUGCUGCUCGUGAGGCUUUGGCAACACUGAAGCCCCAAGCUGGCAUUGCACCAGCUGCCCCUGCUGGACCAACAAUUGCUGCCACAGCAGAAGCUGGUGGUGCAGCUGACGUGCCUAGUGAGGGUGCCGGGCUGACAGAGGAGGUUGUGGCUCGCUUGCAGGAUACUGCUACUGUCUUGACACAGGAGCGAAAGCGACGUGGUCGAACAGUUCCUGAGGGACUCACUCCUGCAGAACAGAUCAGGGGUUUCACCACCCUUGCUUCUCAUCCAGGAUUACAUAGUGCAUCAGUACCUGGUAUCUUGGCUGUGGACGUGCACCAGAAAGACACCAGCAAGAUAGUCACUGGUGGUAGUGAUAAAUGUGCUACUGUUUUCAAUAAGGAUACAGAGCAGGUUGUUGCUAUCCUUAAAGGGCAUACAAAGAAGGUGUCAUGUGUGGUGUACCACCCAACAGAAGACACCAUUAUAACUGCAUCACCAGAUACUCAGAUCCGUGUAUGGAAUGUUGGCACAUCCCAGACAUUGCAAUUGAUCCGUGCUCACGAUGAAGCUGUCACUGGACUAUCUCUCCAUGCUACUGGCGAUUAUCUGCUUUCUGCAUCCCGUGAUCAUAACUGGGCAUUUUCUGACAUAAGGACUGGUCGUGUAUUGUGUAAGGUGAAUGAUGCCUCCGCUAGCUCACCUUUAACUGCUGCACAGUUCCACCCUGAUGGUCUUAUUCUUGGCACAGGAACUCAGGAUGCCACAAUCAAAAUUUGGGAUCUGAAGGAACGUUCAAAUGUUGCAAAUUUCCCAGGUCACAGUGGAGCUAUUAGUUCCAUUGCCUUCAGUGAAAAUGGUUAUUACCUGGCAACGGCUGCAGAAGACUCCACUGUAAGGCUCUGGGAUUUGCGGAAACUCAAGAACUUUAAGACCAUCCAGUUAGAUGAAGGAUAUGAAGUCAUGGACCUUUGCUUUGACCAGUCAGGCACUUACCUAGCUGUUGCAGGGACAGAUGUCAGAGUGUACCUGUGUAAGCAGUGGAAUGACCUUAGGAUAUUUAAUGACCACACAGCCAUGGCCACUGGAGUUCGGUUUGGAUCAAAUGCUUCCUAUUUAGCAUCUACUUCAAUGGAUCGAACACUUAAGAUCUAUGGACCUUAAAGAGCUCAGACAUACUUAGGACUUUUGUCAAGAUAGGAUAAUCAUGACUGAUGACAAUAUCAGUUUCUUAUAUUUUUAUGCAAUGUCUGCAAGUUUUAGGAAGGUGAAAGCAUUGUGUGAGUGACAGUCAUUGUGUUUAUAUAUAAAUAUGACUAUGUGCUUUUCAUCACAAGUUUGACCAUUGUGAAAGAAGAUGACAGCCAUGACAUGUAAGUUGUAACCAUCAAAUCAUGUGCUUACAUCUUGUUCUUAUUAAGAAUUAAAUUAAUUCAAACUAAAGUUUUGUAUAGUUCCACUACAAAAAAUACUGUAAUUGAAUACCGAGUAGGCUUCAUUUUUCUCUUUUUUUUUUCAAUUGCUUGUUUUGGAUGUGAUUGAUAAUCAUUAUCAGAAUAGGCAGGUGUAAUUCCUCUGUACUCAUGAAAAGUUUCAUCAAAGUUUAAUGCCCAAGAAAUAUUGUUUUUGAACAAUCUUUAAAUCUUUCUUUCAUCGAAGUUUCAAUUUUCUGAUGCUUCUCAAGAGAAUUCUUGUUUUCACUCUUACAGUACAGUAUAGAUAUGCAGUAUGUUCUACUGAACCUUUUGAUUGCAUAAGCAAGACCAUUUCACAGUUUCUUGUUUUGUUAAUUUGUUAUGUAUUAUGCUUCAUUGUUGAUUACUAUUUUCUUAGUAUUACUAUGAGUGCAUAUGUCAGUCUUUUGGUAAAAUACUGUAUAUGAAAUAUCUCAUUAUAUUGGGUUUUCCCAUAUUCAAAAGAGGAUGACAUUCAGAGGGUUUCCUGGCAGUCUUAAACCCUGGUACUGUACUGUAUAUUAAAGUCAGCUUUAAAGCUAUUUGUGGAGAUUAUGUGCUAUUGUGACUAAUUAAGCAGUGGCCACCUGUGAGCUCUAACAAAUGACUGUGGAAAUGAUGCAAGUUGUUACAGCAAGCUUGCACACAUAAGGAUAAUGCCAAAAUCUUGAUGGAAAUACAUUGAUAACAGUAUGUUAAUAAGAAACAGUGGAGGAUAGAUAACAAAAAAUAGUGCUCAAUGAAAGUAUAGUUUAAUAGUGAAUAUACUGUAUAAGACAUAUUAUCUUUGGCCAAGGAAAAAUAUAAUCACUGAUAAAAGUGUUGUGAGCAGCUGAGGUCACCAGAUCUACUUCUGUAAAAUAUUAUCUGUUGUCAUGAAAGUAUAAAUGCAAGAUAUACUGUUAACUGUAUUAGUUUGGGGGAGGGUUGUUAGGCUUUUGAUAUACUGUAUUUCAUAAAAUUUGGAAUUUUAAUUUUUAAACAAUUCUGUCAAUAUGAUUUAGUCAAUUUAAUGACUUGAUAUUUUAUUUUAUUUAUUUUUUUUAAGAAUUACAGAUAGUUAUCUUGAUGCCUUUUUGUAGUGUAGGGUCAAGUUUUAAAUAUUAAGUAUGAUUGGUCGAGAUGCUUGCCACAUCAUUCAAGGAACAUAAGGUGAUAUUUGAUCAGGAACUAGAGGAAGUGAUACAUUAUUUAAAACAAGCCCAGGGUGGAAAAGUCUCUAUUGUCUUAGAGAAACUACUCUUCACAUGCACAACUCUGGUUAGGAGGGCAACUCUAGACUAGUAAGUAGAACACCAGAACAAGAGCUUGUCUUAAUAUUAAGUAAACUAAAGUCACUAAUGACACAAUAGACUGCUUAACUAAUGUAGCAAAAGAUGAAAGCUAAAAGUUGAUUGAUUCCCACAGCUGAAGUUAUAGCAUAUGAAAUACUGUGUGAAAAACUUGAUUAAAUAUCCUUGAAGCAAAAGCGACAUUUAGUGUAAGAUGUUGAAUCCGAAUCACUCUUACUCCUGACAAAACAAAUUUUUACCAGAUAUGAAUGUGGGAUGACUCUUUCCAAAUUAAGUUAUGUAUCUUGUACAUUGUGCCUUUGUGUUCCUGACUCACCAAUAAAGCAAAUUUAAUGCCCCCAAACCGAUAAAUGUCUUUUAAAACUUAUGUGACUUGUAACUGUAAUGUUCAAUAAAUAACUGGAGGUGUAUUUCA